CGGGCAUAGGUCGUCACAUGGUCGUCAAAACCUCGGGACGCUGUUGAAUUUGAUCUGUUCGUGUCACGUUCAUUUUUUGAAAACUUAGGUGAGCGUAGGUGACACCGUAUACAGGUCACAUUCUUGGGACGGGAUACAGUGUUAUACAUAUUAUAAAUGUGAAUUUCCUGCUCAGCACGCGAAGCACAGAUCAUCGUGAUCGAUACGGAAUUCUGGACAAACAAAUCGGCGCAAACCCAGAAUCCCCAUCCAUUUCGCCAAGAUCUAUUUUUACCGUAUACAGUAAGGGAUCGAAGAAGCAUUUUCAUUCGCGUAUGCAUAUUUUCUUUUCUUGUAUCCUCUUUCACUCUUCGCUCUACUCAUCUUUUCAUUUUCUUUUUUCGUUUGUAUGCAAUCCCCAUUUCUCUUUUCUCACGAAAGCCGAGACCUGUCAGAAAGUUACUCCAUUCAUCACCAGAAUGUUGCAAAUGUUUUUCAUCUCGCUCCAUUUGCGUUUUCCUCAGCCGUGCUUGGAGUGGCGGCGGUGCAGAGUUCUUUCCAACGCCACGUCGGCAAUACCGUCGGACACGAGGGAGCCUGGUCGGGCACUUUCUGUCCCGCUCGCUACAAAGUGAAGUCCAGGCAGGAGUGGAGCACUUACAGCCUGCUGCGCGGCGCCAUAGACGGUUUUCUCCUGGCCAAAUACACGAGAAAAACGGCGAUGCAGAACGUGUCCCUGAGCGAACUGAUGCGUCUGUACUACGGCAGCUCGGGCGUCCCCCAGUCCAUCUCCGGAAUACCCAACCUGUCUGUGUGCAGCCGGAGGGAACUGCUGUACCCUCACCUCCGCGACGGUCACCUCGAAGGCAACGUGAGCCAGUUCGCGCAGGCGUACUCGCUGCUUCGCUACGGGCAGAGCUCCGCAAGGCUGGGCCUCUUCGUCGCCAUGACCGCAGAAGAGUUCCUUCAGAGGCUGCGAAGAGACCUACUCAGUAAGCGGACCUGGCAUACAGAAACUUGCACGUAUUGA